UAAGAAGGUUAAAGAACAACUGAGAGAACAACACAGAAGACAUACAAACAUCAGUUUCGGUAAUCUUAUUUGCAUAUCUAUCUAUAGCAAAACAAGUCUGCGGAAGCUGGGUCGAUUGAUCGAGUUGUUUAGUCUAGAAGAUAAAUUUGAAGUGAUCAGAAUGAGUUGUGAAAGGUGUCAAAAACAUUGGGAACAAUUUCUGGAUUAUUACAAUCCUAACCAACAUGUCAUAUGGAUUUUUGGGACCAUCGUUUACAUAGCCACUGUGGCGACAAUCAUUUCAGGGUCAUUUAUGUUCAUGGACGUAACAGGCUUCCCGAAGCGAUUGCGUAAAUACAAGCUUCAGCCGGGAACCAACGACCCUAUCACCUGGUUUCAAAUGAAAAAGCUGAUCAAGACCGCCAUCAUUAACAUGAUUUUAGUUGGAACUCCUACUCUAGCAGUUUUUCAUGGAAUAACAGUGGCAUUGGGGCGUUAUGUUGAUUUAAGAGUAUUACCAUCACUGUUUGAAAUACUCUACACUAUACCUUUCGCCAUGCUGUCAUCUGAAACAGUAUUCUACUACAGUCACAGAUUGUUGCAUUCUAAAUACCUGUACAAAAUGAUUCACAAAAAGCACCACGAGUGGACUGCACCUGUAUCGCUGGCCGCAGUUUAUGCACAUCCAAUCGAAUACAUCGUCAGCAACAUGGCUCCGUUCUAUGCACCUGUCAUACUGGUCAAGACCCACCUGUUUACAGGUUGGAUUUGGGCUGCUAUAGUAUUGUUAGGAACAUUGCACGAUCAUUCCGGAUACCAUCUUCCGUUUCUUUGGGGAUCACCAGAUUUCCAUGAUUUUCAUCAUCUAAAGUUCAAUCAAUGUUACGGAGCCUUUGGUAUCCUAGAUUGGUUGCAUGGAACCGACGUUCUAUUCAGACGUUACAAGGCUAAACAACAAGCUGCACUUCAGGACACCGACAAAUAGAAAUAUCUUAGGCAAUCCCGGAAGUCUUACUGGUUUUAUACUGAAAUAAAGUGAAUUAAUUUUAACUCUAUGGAAUUUAUUAUCUUUAUCAUAUGUAUCACUAUAGUAUAUUGUUACACACCAAAAUGUGAUAUCGGAUUCCAGCAAAAUGAAUUACUGAAUACCAUGGACCUCGGAAUGAACAACAAC